UAAAUGUUGGUAGCGAAAAUUAUCGUCAACUUCGUUGUAAACAAAGUCAAUCCGUUUCAGGUAAUAAUCUACCUACCAAGUUUAGCUUUACAGUUUUUCGCUCGUUUUUUUGACGGGAUUUCGGUGAAAAAACCCACUAAAGACCAUUUAGAAAAGUUUCAAACGUUUCGAUGAGGAUCUCGGGCAGGUGAAAAUUGCGUUAUCUUGGGUAUUUUUAACGCGUCAAACGUCAAAAUGUCAGAUGAGGAAGAGGAUUUUUUCUUAAAAGAUCCCCAAAAAGCGGGCCAACCGAUGGAAAUUUCGAUAGAAACGCUUUCGGGAACUGUGUUUGACGUUCCUGUUCGCCCUACGGACACCGUGCUCGAUAUCAAAACGAAAAUCCAGCGUGUUGAAGGUAUUCCUACCCAUCACCAAAAUUUACUUUUUCACUUAAAAGAAUUAGAAGAUUUUAAGCGUUUAAGCGAUGUUGGAAUCAAAAAUGGAUCAAAAUUAAAAUUAGUGCUUUCAAUGAGGGGCGGACCGAUUUCUACACGACGUUUAACUACUUGUAUUGAUCGGAGACAUAUUGUUUGGAAGGAUCUAAAGGAACUUAUUGAACACACCAGGGAAGAAAUUGCUGAAAAGCCAGAGUCCACAUCAAAAGUAUCAGUUUUAGUGUUUAAAGAGGGCGCUGCAAUUAAUUUGAUACGUGUGAUAGAGAAUGAGGAUGGUUCCUACUCGCCUUAUUUAAAAGAGAAUAGAGAAAAGCGUGUUGAAAUGGUUAAGAGUAUUAAGAAAAUGUCCGAAGACAGUGGGAUUGAAUCAAAGAUGGAAAUUUUAAGAUCAAAAAUGGAGAAUUUGGAGGUUUUAGAAGAUGAAUCAAAUGAAUUAAGUGAUUUAAACGAUUUAAAAUCGUUAAAAAGUCGGUUUUUAAAUAGGUUUCUGUCAAAAAAAGAUGAAGAAAGUGAAGACUUAGAUAAGAAAAUAGAAAAAAAUGAUGAUGUGAGCGAAAAUUUGGCGGCUAGUUCUUCAGUUUUUGAUGAAAUCGAGUCAAAUUCAAUACGAAAACCGUUCUAUUUACAUAAAUCCGAUAAUAAUCUUCAUAAAUUAGAUAAAAGUCCAUGUAAAACGGAUAAGGUGGAAGGUGUAAAGGAGUUAAAAGGGGUUUCGAGUGGUAAAAAUCGUCGGAUGCGUUGCGAAAAGUGCAAAAAACGGUUGAAUUUAACGAACUGGUAUUUGUGUAGGUGUGAAAAAGCGUUUUGCACGCAACACAGAUUACCGGAAGUGCAUGAUUGCGGGUAUGAUUUUAAAGGUGAGGGUAGGAGGGUUUUGGAAAGGGAAAAUCCAGUUGUGAAAGGGGUUAAAGUGGUCAAGUUUUGAAGGGCUCUUCUGAAAUGGAAGGGGUUGAGGGUUUUGUAGGAGUUAAUUCAAAAAGAACAGGAAAUGAAGGAAAAAUGAGAAGGUGUGGAAGUGUAAAUUUGGUGUGAUUAAAAUAAAAAUAAACAUACUAUAGAAAUACAAAAAAAUAUUAAAAUAAUUUAAAACAUGAGUGGUUUUUCUUGGUUUUUAAAAUUAAUGUUGAAAAAAAGGAUAAAAAAGAUUAGAAAUUAUAAAAAUAUUAAUUAAUGUAUAUAAGUAUGUACAAAACGGUUUGUUAUAAUAUAAUAAUAGUGAUAGUAAUCAUUAUGAUAAUAAUGUGAGUGAAAAAUAUGUUGAAAAGCAAAAAAAAAAACAAGGACCAGCGUAAA